CAAAGAAAAUAUAAAAAUUUAUAUAUUUCGAGACAAACAAAAUUUAAAGUAAUUAAUUAUUCUGAGUAUGGCUGUUAAACAUCUUACUAGGACCCAAAGGAAACACAAGCAAUGUCCUACAAAUAUUAACUCAGCUCAUAAAAAGCUGAUACCGAAAUAUGCCAAGUCCAACAAUAAGGUUCUCUGUCAGCAGCAGCGAAUUCUGAAGCAGAGCUUCCGAAAUACAUCCAAACGUCAGGAGCUACCAACUGUCCAUCGUGUGUGGCGCAAAACGAUAGUGCGGACCAAGCCUAAGCCAAGGAAUCUGGUCCCUCGAUUGUUUCGUGUAGAUCGGUUAACUGGGCUACCUCUUGACUACGAGCGCACUGUGUCUAGGAUAAUGCACUACGUAAAUCCACAGAUCUUUGACGAUCCCAGUCCGGAAGAGCAAAUGGAGAGACUGCUUACACGCGCAUUGGGAGGAAUUAUAGAUAACUGUAGUAAUCGGUGUCCGUAUUACUUUAGAAAUCAAAUGCGCACUUUUUUAAGAAGCCAGGGAUCGAAGAGCACUAGAGGGACUGAAGGUACCGACAACGAGGAUUUGAGUCAGUUUUACUGUGCCUGCAAACGUGGUCCAAUUAUUCUAGAGCAAGCUCCCACAUAUAGAAGCAAAUUCAAUUACAACAGCCUUAAGAUAAAUACCAAAUAGCCAUGUCUAUUGGAUUUACAAAGCUGUGUAAUUUUAUGGAUGUAUACCCAUAUGUUAUACAUAUAUACGUUCUGAAAUUGCUUGUGGUAAACGACGGAAAAUGAGUUCUUUGUAUAUGUUGGAAAAUGCUUUGGCGUGAUAAUAAAUCGAACAGCGCUAUG